AUAGGAUUGGAGAUGCACACACACAGGGCAAGACCGACAAUUCACCCGCGCACUUUCCAUUUCUAGGCGUCCGUCGUCCUCGUCCAUAUCGCUUCUUCUUCUAACUCGCUACUUUACUAAUCUCACAGGGUCUCCAUUUCUUCUCAAUUACAGUGUUCUGUUCACUCAAAGAGCUGUAAAGGGAUUAUUGUUUCCUGACUCGUGAUGUCCGACUCCGAUCCUUUUCGCCUUUUUUCAGAUCAAGUGGGAGAGUAUGCUCCAGAUGGCUACGGCUCACCAGUCUCAAUGGGUGGUCAGCAGAAUUUGCAAUUUGAGCUGAAUGAGCAAUUUGAGCUGAACGAACAAUUUGUGCAGAAUGAUCAAAUUGUGCAAAAUGAUGUCCCCAAUGAAAGUAAUGGUGGCGCAAUUCAGGUAGAGGAGAAUAACUUGCUUUGGCCAGUUCUACCUGGUGAUUCUGGUGAAGGCUUGCCAUAUGCUCCUAUUGAUUGGCCAUAUCCUGGUGAUAUUUGGACCUGGAGAGUAGGAAAGAGGUUUAACACUUCUGGCUACUUCCAGGAUAGAUUUCUCUAUCUUCCAAAACGUCUUGGGAAACAAUCUUUUGCAAGCAAGAAUGCAGUUGCAAAUUAUAUCAAAUCAGAAUUCCCAGGUGCAGAUAUUGAUGCAUUUUUUGCAUCCUUUGCUUGGAAGAUUCCUGUAAAAUUUCAAUCUUUACCAAAAGAGGAACCUGCCUUCACUAUUUUGGAGAACCCUUUACUGGAUGAAAAAGCGGCAAGUCAAGAAGAAAAGAAAGAAGAAAACCUUCAUUUAGGCUGGGGAAAAAGAAAAAGAAAUGCAGGAUCUACUCCCAAACAAGCAAACCAGAAUGGAGCAACAUUAUCAUCUACACCUAAGCGAACAAAACGGAGUGGAGCUAAACUAUCCCCCACCCCUAAACAAUCAAAAACUAAAUUAUCACCCACUCCUAAGCGAACAAGGAGUGAAGCUACAUUAUCAUCCACAGCAAAGCGGAAAACUAGACAUUCUUCUAAACGAUCUGUCCCUAAUGAUGAAGGUGGUGUAUUUAGCACACAGGAAUCAGCAGCUGAUCCGAUUCCAGAGGAUUUUGAUAACUAUCUCAACUCUUUGGAAAUCAUUCUCGCCCAGCCUGUUUCUGAAACCCAGGUACUCUCUUUAGCAAGCGUGGAUUCUUAUAGCGCACAAAAUGAAAUGGCAGAAGCUCGAAGUAAGCUUUCUUCUCUUCUUAUUAUGGAUUUUCCCUCGUUGGUUUCGUCCAACAAAAUUUCCGAACUUACAACUCUGGCAUCCAAACUUCGAAAGGAUCCUAGCUUGAGUGCUGAACAACUUGUUAAAUUGAAGUUGAUUGAAGAAAUUUCAUCAUUCAGCGAGGUUUUUCUGGAGAGUAGGGAAUUGAUAGAGCAGGUUGACGAAUUCUUUGCCACCCUUGAGGGUAAAAAGGCGAAAGUUACUUCUUUGAAGAAUGAGUAUAAUGAAUUGAAGGAAAAGGCAGACCAGCUGCAAUCACAGGUGGAUUCAAGCUUAUUGACUGUGCAAGAAAUUGACAUUCAAAUAGCUCUACUUCAAUCCAGGCGAGAUGAGCUUACUAAUGCAAUUGAGACUAACAAGGCAGCAAAGGUCGAGGUGACUUAUGCUCAAAAGGUGGUGGCAAAUGCAAUUCCAAAAGUUGUGCGUGAGAUUCAGCUUGCCAACUGCCAAAUGCCAGAAUUGGAGCUGAAAAAGACAAAUGCAGUAAAGCGAGAAUCGGAAAUUCUAGCAAAAUUUGCCCCUCUGGAAGGUUUUUCUCUUUAAGCAAUGGCUUUAGAGCUAUGGUUCCUCCCUCCUCUUCCUAAGUCUUUGGAAACAUGUUUAUGGCAAAUGGCAAUUACUUUCUGUUGCAUGGCUCGAUCCCAUGUCGUUUUGUUGUAAUAUUACAAUUUACUUUCUGUUGGGACUUCUACUUAAUUUUUAUGAAUCUAUCGAUAUAUAUGAAAAUCUCUCUAAA